AUGAUUGAGUUGGAUACGGGCAAAUAUGGAAGUGUGACUAAAGAAAUACUGAAGCUUGUCGAGCGGAGAAGACAGUUAAUGGAUCGCAUCUACUCAGAGAAUUCUGAACUUUGGUCAUCAUGUCCUGAUUUGCAUCCAACUGUGCCAAAGACAAGUGAAGUGGUUACUUGUGAUGUAAUUGACCUAGAUGAUGAUCAGGAUGAUGAUAGGCUUGCAAUUACAAGGUUUGUUCCAACAGAAGAGCAAUCUUCUCUUGCUAAUCCUGUUGUGCUCAUCGAGUCAGAUGAUGAGAAUGAUGGUAGGAGUGAAAACUUUAGGUCUUCGUAUCAGGAAUUGAACCUGAAGCCUACUGGAAUAGGAAACACUCUCAUGGGAGACUUUGCGGAAUCAAAGUUGACGAAGCUUUCACUCUACGAGGAACUGAAAUUGGAGAAGCCUCCUGGAAGUCUUCUAAUGAAAGACUUUGUGCUUUCUUCCUAUCAGGAACUGAACACCAAGAAGGCUUCAGUAAAUCGUAUCUUGAAAGACUCUGUGGAAAGGAAUUCUGGUCGAAGCAAAAGUUCCCAAGGUGCAGACCAGCAGGUUGCUGAACAAACUGAGUCAAAAAGAGAUAAAGGUGAAUAUGUCGAACAAACUGAGUCGACAAGAGAUAAAGGGGAAUAUGUUGGCACUGAUGAAGAGGACAGUGAAGACCCUUCUGAUACUAACUCUGAUGGCCUGGGUGAGAUUUGGAAUGAUAUGACAUUUGCCUUAGAGUGUUCAAAGACUGCCGAUGAAGAUCGUCUGGAUGAAUACAAUGCUGAAGAUGAAGAAGAGUGUGAGCAUUCUUUUAUCCUGAAAGAUGAUAUUGGAGAUGUAUGUCGUAUAUGUGGGGUCAUUAAGAGAGGAAUUGAAUCAAUAAUCGAGUUUAAUUUCUCAAAGGCUCCAAAGAGUACACGAACAUACAGAUACGAAGGACGUGCCAGCCGGGACAUUGACCCUUCCAACACCUUGCCAGACGGGGUUAAAUCAUCCGAGAUAGACUUCACAGCCUCCGAAAUACACCCUCAUCCGCGCCACAGGAAGGAAAUGAAGCCCCACCAAUUAGAGGGCUUCAACUUCCUCGUGAGCAAUCUCGUCACUGAAAAUCCUGGUGGGUGCAUUCUGGCCCAUGCCCCUGGCUCGGGCAAAACCUUCAUGAUCAUCAGCUUUUUACAGAGCUUCAUGGCUAAGUACCCAGCCGCUAGGCCCCUAGUCGUGCUCCCCAAAGGCAUAGUCUCCACGUGGAAGAAGGAAUUCGCCAGGUGGCAAGUCGAGGACAUUCCCCUUUACGAUUGUUACUCGGCGAAAGCCGAUAACCGUGCACAACAGCUCGAAGUUUUGAAGGAAUGGGUUAAAGAGAGGAGUAUAUUGUUUUUAGGCUAUCAACAGUUUUCGAAAAUAGUUAACGACUCAGAUAAAGGGGCUGUAGCUACUGCUUGCCGAAGUUAUCUGCUGACAAUCCCCACAAUUCUCAUAUUAGACGAAGGUCACACACCAAGGAACCAAGAAACAGAUGUGUUGGCUGGUCUCGAGCGAGUGGAAACUCCUAGAAAGGUUGUCCUAUCGGGAACUCUGUACCAAAACCACGUAAAGGAAGUUUUCAAUAUCUUGAAUCUAGUGCGGCCAAAGUUUCUAAAAAUGGAAAUCCCAAAAGCCAUGAGGCGGAGGAUCUUGGGCCGGGCCGAGAUCAAUAACCGAAGGAAUAUAAUGAAAAACGAUAGAGAUGACGACUUGUACGAACUGAUCGAGCAUACGCUGAUCAAAGAUGAAAACUCCACUCGGAAAGCUAUCGUCAUACAAGACCUCCGCGAAAUGACGAGAAAAGUCCUGCAUUAUUUCAGGGGCGACAGUCUGGACGAGCUUCCCGGGCUCGUGGACUUUUCGGUCUAUCUCAAGCUGAGCCCUGCACAAAAAUUCGAGGCCAAGGAGCUUAUGCGGACUCUUUCUAGAAGGUUCUCGAUCACAUCACGGGGCAGUGCUGUUUAUGUCCACCCAAAGCUUAAGGAGUUGGCGAAGAAUUCGGAAUUGAGAGAUCGAGUCGACGAGGGGAAAAUCGACGAGAUUUUGGUGAAUAUUAACCUGAGAGAAGGUGUGAAAUUAGACUUCUAUCUGAAUCUCCUCCAGCUUUGCGAAUCGAGCGGAGAGAAAAUUCUCGUUUUUAGCCAGUACCGUUUGCCCCUCAAAUUUCUUGAGAUGGUAACUGCUAAAGUGAAAGGCUACAGCUUGGGAAAAGAGAUGUUUGCUAUCACGGGCGAUUCGCAUUGCGACUCGCGUGAAUCUUCGGUGGAGAGUUUUAACGAAUCCCCUGAAGCUCGAGUUUUAUUUGGCUCGAUUAAGGCUUGUGGGGAAGGGAUAUCGCUCGUGGGGGCCUCACGGAUUAUUAUACUAGAUGUUCAUCUGAACCCGUCAGUUACUCGGCAGGCUAUAGGUCGGGCUUUCAGGCCUGGCCAGGUGAGGAAGGUUUACACGUACAGGCUGAUAGCUGAGGGCUCGCCUGAGGAGGAAGAUCAUGAAACUUGCUUUAGAAAGGAGUUGAUUCCCAAGAUGUGGUUCGAGUGGGACGAGUCGAGGGGAAAUCAGAAAUUCGACAUGGAAACUGUUGAUGUGAAUGAUUGUGGAGAUAUGUUUUUGGAAACUGCUCGACUGAAGGAGAAUGUGGUUGCUCUUAAGAGAAGGUGGUGA